UCAGCUGAUCGAUGAGGAAGUAAACAACGUCGAACUGAACCGGGGCAACACGACGGAGAAAGGACCGGCUCGACAAAUGACAUCUCUGAUCUGCACCUUACAAGACCAUCGGGAUGAUGUCAACUGGUGCGCCUUCUCCGGCGAACUGUUUGCCACGUGCUCCGGGGACAAAACCCUCAGGGUGUACAACUCCCGCGACUUCUCCGAGCUGCCCUUCUCGCCGCUGUCCGGACACGGAUACGGCGUCCACUGCUGCUGCUUCAGCCCCUGCGGACAGUUCCUGGCCUCGUGCUCCACGGACGCAACCACGAUGGUUUGGUCCACCGUCACCGGCGAGAUCGAGUUCGUCCUGGAGCAUCCCGGUCGUAGUCCAGUGAGGAUCUGUGCGUUCUCUCCGGACUCUGCCCACCUGGUUUCUGGAGCAUCGGACGGCUCUUUGGCUCUGUGGGAUUUCCCCUCCAAACAGCUGCGCAGGACCGGAGCGGUGAACGACACAACCAUGGUGGCCUGCUCCUUCAGCCCCUGCAGUCAGGUGUUCAUGACCGGCUCCACCUACGGGGACCUGCGCCUGUGGGACCUGGACAUGAACCAGCUCCACGUGGAGAAGAACGCUCACGACCUGGGGGUCACCUGCUGCACCUUCGCUCCCAGCAUCCUCAGCGGUGGUCAAGUCGUGCAGUUUUGUCUGGCGUCCUGUGGGCAAGACAGUCUCCUGAAGAUCUGGGCCAUUACCAAGUUCACCUCAGGAGGAUCUAAGAUGCGGCUCCUCCACACGUUGAGGGGCCAGUCGGCCCCGGUCCUCUCCUGUGCCUUCUCCUCAGACGGGCAGCUGCUCGUGUCUGGCUCAGUGGACAAAACUGUGACAGUCUAUGACGCCAAGAAUGCAGUUUUGCUUUACACAUUGAACCAGCACGAGAGAUACGUGACGGCAUGUUGCUGCUCUCCAACUUCACCACUCAUCGCUACAGGAUCCAUGGAUAAGACUGUCAACAUCUGGAGGCUGGAGGAUGGGUGCAGUGAACGUGGCGGGAAGUCAUUGCCUGAAGGGUCUGAUCGGACAUCAAGUGAAGGGAGAAGCUCAGCGAGUCGAUCCAAGCUGCUGGUCAGCGAUUGGUCGGAGGGGGACGUGGCUGCGUGGCUGGAGGAGGAAGGCCUCCAGGGAUUGGUGGACAAAUUCAGGGCCAACAACAUCGACGGGACGGAGCUGCUCGGUCUCACCAAGGAAACACUGACGUCAGAGCUGCACAUAGAGUCAGUAGGCCUGCGCAGUAAACUCCUAAGGAAGGUGCAGGAUCUGAAGAGCGAUUCGGUGUGUUCAGGCAUUCCUGACGAGUUCUUGUGUCCAAUCACCAGAGAGCUGAUGAGGGAACCCGUCAUUGCUGCCGAUGGAUACUCGUAUGAGAGAGAGGCCAUCAAUGGCUGGAUCGGCACUAAGAACCGCUCCAGCCCCAUGACCAACCUCCCUUUACUGACGACGCUGCUCACCCCUAACCACACCCUGAAGAUGGCUAUUGGCCGCUGGAAGACCAACCACUAGCAUCCCAACUGUUCUCCCUAAAGUGACAGAAGCCACAGCCAUUUCACGUAUGGGUGCAAAUGGUUCGGUUCCAAAUGAGGCACCUGCACACUUGGGGCAGCGUCUUUGUUUGCAUUCAUUUUUAAAGCUGACAUUUUUUAAACCACUGGGGAGCAGAAUUGUAGCAACAACUCUAAAUGUACUUGUAGUUUAUGAAGUUUGAAUGGCCAUAACAUUUAAUUAAGUAGCUACAGAGCGAUAUGAGCAUCCCAGGAGACGGCUCCUUUUGGCCACCUGAAGAACACAACUUUAAAAGCGGCUACAAUCAAAAUGAUCAUAACAACAAAGCUCUACAGACGGUUUUGACGUGAUUUUUGCUUUCUGCAAAUGUACUGUUUUGGUUCACUCUCUCUUCGAUGAAACUGAGGAGCAUUUGGCAGUUUAAGAGCCAGAUAUAUCCCUCAGGAGAUGGUGGAGACCAAACACCGGGCUAACAGAGAGUGAACAUUGGAUUCUUCAGGUGGCUGCAUGCUCUGCUGGACGUGUUAAUAAGCACGUUUGAAUGCACUUAAUAAAGUGAUGAUGUGUCAAUCAGCUGGGAAAGGGGGUUGUCUUGUCUGAUCAUGGACAGUUUUCUGGUUUGUUAAUCAAUAUACAAAAACACGAGUUCUGUAUAGAGACCACAUAACAAUAGAAACAAGUAAACAAAAUGUACACUGCAGGCUCCUGAUUUUUUUUUAUUUUUAAGUGUAAUGACUAACAUUUUGACUAGGCUCUAACUAACAGGCAAAUUAGUUUAUUUCAAAAUGAGUCGCAUUUAUAAAUAUAUGUAUCAAUAAACAAAGCUAAACAUGUAGCAUUAAAAUUAAAACAUUGAUUGGGAGGCCUUACGUGUAUAUAUUUUAUAAUCAUUGUUACCUUUCUUUGAUUGAACAACCAGAAAACAAUAAACUGAGUUUCUGGGAGCUACAUACUGGGGCGUUAAUUUGCAUUUGAAUCAGGAACACCAAUUAAAAAUGAUUAAUGUUGGUUCCCUUACUUUUUGCACUAACUGCAGGACAUAUUUGUGCUCCUUAGAGUGUCAUUGCAGGACCUUGCUUGUUGCAAACCUUGUUUGAACAGCUAACAUUCAGCACUUAAUGAAAUGAAUGACAUUAAUGAAGAUAGUUCCUAGAAUUUGCAACGUCCACAUUUUUAUACAAGCAUUUUAUUUUGAUGGCGUGAUUGUCAGAUUAGAUAAGUUAGGUUGUUCCAUAAACCUUUUACCCAUCCACACACUGAAGCAGAGGCAACAUUUGAUGGAUUAUACUGUGAAAGAAGGAGAUGUAGAAAUGUAGUCCUCCAUUGAUAUUUUAUUUUACCACAAUAAUAAUGUGGUAACAUUUUGUAAUCCAUAUACGACAACUAAGGACAUUCAGCUGUGUACAAAGUCUCUUAAGAUGUUCUAUCCUUGACUGUUGCUUGUGUAAAUGCUCUCUCUGUAUCCAAAUAAACCAAUAAACACUUCAUAUGAAUAUGCUCUCUGCUAUGCAAAAAUAAAUAACGUACUGUGAA